ACAGUGGAAAGAGAGUAAGACGGAAGGCAAGCCAGAAGAUACAGCCACUUGGAGCAUCAGUGAACAAACAGCCUCAACACAGGAACACCUGCAGACCUACAGCCUGAUCAACAAGCUCAAUCAGAGGUGAUAAAUCUUACCACAGCAGAGAUGAUGCCCAUCUGUACCGUCCUGGAGAAGCGCAAUGGCGUGAUGGUAGGAGCUAAGCUGAGCUGCAGUGUAAGGGAGGAGAACAAGGCUCAGAGGGAGAGCUACAGCGCUGACUGGCACAGUGUCACUCUCAAGACUCAUCCUGAAGAGAGGCAGACGAUGAAUUUUAAUGACAAAUCUCGCAGGGAGACUCUGUCCAGGCAGUGGUGGGCCCGCUCGCUGAAUCAGACCUGCCCCUCUGGAGUUGUCAGAGUGGGCACCCUGGAAAGAGGGGUGAGGGAACAUCAGCUCCUGCCUAAGAGAAACACCCUCCCACUGCCCAUCUUCACCCCCACGGAGCUCGGCAUCAGGCUCGGACGUGGAGCCCCACACACCGAGGAGGACCUGCAGCCCUUCCCCACCCCAGACGGAGUCUGUCCCAGCAAGAGAACCGUGGACGAGAUCACCAGGGACCUGCCUCCUGUCAAGCCAACGCUCAUGGAGUUCGCCAAAGACACCAAAGCUUUGGGUCGCUCCCUGUCCAUAGAGGCCCAGAGAGGGUGAAACUCAAAAGGACCAAAAGAGGAAGAGGGCAUGUUUAGGGGAGACACGAAGGGUGAAAGCUGGAAAAGGAUAGUCAUUGAUGAGAGUGUGUCAGGAAAGAGCAUGGCAAGGUGUAUAUAGAUGUAUCUCUUUCUUAAAAACUGUAGAUCUUUAGCAUCAUCUCUGUCGAUUGGUGAGCACAGCACCUGGUAAAUGUCACACUUUGUCCCAGAUGGCAUUUGGUGGUCAUGGACUGAUCUCUGUCUGUGCUGGCCAGCUGUUUUCAACAUAUCUGCUGACCUCUCAGUGGGAUCCUAAGUAAUGUAUAGAAUACAAACCUGAAAAUAAGCUUGUAAGGUAAAUGAAGGUGCUCGUAAGGUAAUCAGUUUAAAAGAUUGUAGUCACAUGCAAUGACGCAGAAAGUGAAACUUAAAUUGUAAAGAAUGACAGAAAGAGAGAGAGUGAAGGGGAAGAGAGGGCUGAAGGGUUUGAGGAACAUCCAGGUCUCUGCAGGCUCUUAUCUGUGAAGAGAACAGAAUGUGUUGGCAUGUUUACACGCUGCAGCUGUACAUAAGUGUUUCUGCGAGUGUCCCUCUUUAACACAAGAGGCCAUAGGAAAACUAAUAAGCUGUUCUUAUGAGUAUUCACUGAUCUCCCUGUUAGCUGUAUUUCUGUGAUAGAGAAGCAGAUAUCUUAACAGUUAAGACUGCAAAUGAAUAUCAAAUGUGUGCAAUAAUGUGUAUUUUUUCUUAGAUAUUUUCAUUAAUAAAAGCUGAACUGCUCUUCA